AUGGCCAGCAACAUUGCAUCCUGCGCUCUGCGCUCGGCGGGCCGAGUGUCUCUGACCUCGAGGGCCCGUCUGUCGGCGGCUCCUUUGCGAGGUCUCCGCGCAGCUGCCGUCGUGGCGAACCGGACGUCGCGCCGCGGAUACGUCUCCGAGUCCAAGAGGGAUAAUGCCCAGGUCGAGACCGCCAUCAAGCUCGACAAGAAGGACUUUGUCGAUAUCCCUCCAGCGAUGGAGACCCCCUCCAACGCCAAGGUCAGCCCUAUGGCCGAGGUGUUGAAGCAAGCAGCAGUCAUGGAAGAGGGCCAACGCCCAAUCUACCUCGACAUGCAAGCUACCACCCCCGUCGAUCCUCGAGUCCUUGAUGCCAUGAUGCCUUUCUACGUCGGCGUCUAUGGCAACCCCCAUUCCCGAACACACGCCUACGGCUGGGAGAGUGAAAAGGCUGUUGAGGAGGCCCGAGAGCACAUCGCCGCCCUCAUCGGCGCCGAUCCCAAGGAGAUUAUCUUCACAAGUGGCGCUACCGAGAGUAACAACAUGAGCAUCAAGGGCGUCGCUCGCUUCUUUGGCCGCUCCGGCAAGAAGAAGCACAUCAUCACCACACAGACUGAGCACAAGUGCGUCCUCGACAGCUGUCGCCAUCUUCAGGAUGAGGGCUUCGAGGUCACAUAUCUUCCCGUUCAGAACAACGGCCUCAUCAAGAUGGAAGACCUCGAGGCCGCCAUCCGGCCCGAGACUGCCCUCGUCAGUGUCAUGGCCGUCAACAACGAGAUCGGUGUCAUCCAGCCGAUUGAGCAGAUCGGCAAGCUCUGCCGACAAAAGAAGAUCUUUUUCCACACCGAUGCCGCUCAGGCAGUGGGCAAGAUCCCUCUCGAUGUCAAUGCCAUGAACAUUGACCUCAUGUCUAUUUCCUCACACAAGAUCUACGGACCCAAGGGCAUCGGCGCCUGCUAUGUCCGAAGACGACCCAGGGUCAGACUGGACCCGCUCAUCACCGGUGGUGGUCAGGAACGAGGUCUCCGAAGUGGAACCCUCGCACCGCCCCUCGUCGCCGGCUUCGGCGAGGCGUGCCGAAUCGCCAAGCAAGAGAUGGAGUACGACACAAAGCGUAUUAAGUACCUAUCAGACCGUCUGCUCAACGGUCUGCUGGCCAUGGAGCACACCACACAAAACGGCGACGCCAACUCAUUCUACCCGGGUUGUGUCAACGUGUCCUUUGCCUACGUCGAGGGCGAGUCCCUCCUGAUGGCUCUCAAGGACAUUGCGCUGUCCUCGGGUAGCGCUUGUACAUCGGCCUCGCUGGAGCCUAGCUACGUUCUGCGUGCACUGGGCAACAGUGACGAGAGCGCUCACAGCAGUAUCCGAUUCGGUAUUGGUCGCUUCACCACCGAGGAGGAGAUUGACUACGUCCUCAAGGCAGUUCAAGAGCGUGUCACAUUCCUACGAGAGCUGAGCCCUCUGUGGGAGCUGGUGCAGGAGGGCAUCGACCUGGACACUAUCCAGUGGAGCCAGCACUAA